UGUGACUUCAGUAAAACUACCCGUUUGGUAGCAUAGCCUUGAGCAGACAGCAGCAGAGUCAGCUGUUUGGCCACAGUCCAGAAAACUUGCUUCAAAGAUUAUCAUCCGUAAAGGUUGAACGUUUGUGAAGCUGUUUCUCUUUAUGACCCUCGACAGAAACGACAAUGAAUAGAAUCUGCGUGGUAUGAGCAACCCUAUGGGCGUCAUGAGGAAGAAAGUGACAGACGACAGAGAGCGGCGGAGUCUCAUCAGAGCGCGGUCUGAAUCGAGCACCAAUAACCCUGGCGUUACCGUCACCUCUGCCGCCGGCGAACCGGAGCUGGCCACCGACCAGGAUGUCACACCGGUAUUCGUGUACGUCUUGGCGUUUUUUUCUGCCCUGGGUGGCUUCCUUUUUGGCUAUGACACCGGGGUGGUCUCUGGGGCUAUGCUUCUCCUGAAAAAAGAAAUGCAUUUGACCACUCUAUGGCAGGAGUUGUUGGUCUCCAGUACUGUGGGUGCAGCGGCGCUCUCUGCCCUGGCUGGCGGGACUCUGAAUGGGCUCUACGGGCGCAGGAUCUGCAUACUAAUGGCCAGCUUCAUUUUUACUGCUGGAGGAGUUGUGUUAGGUGCUGCUCCAAACAAGGAGGUUCUUCUUGUUGGAAGGAUUACAGUUGGCUUGGGAAUAGGGAUUGCCUCCAUGACGGUUCCUGUUUACCUUGCGGAGGUCUCCCCACCACACCUGAGGGGUCAGCUGGUCACCAUUUACACCCUCUUCAUCACAGCCGGACAGUUUAUUGCCAGUGUUGUGGACGGGGCCUUUACUUACCUGCACCACAACGGCUGGAGGUACAUGUUGGGUCUGUCCAUUGUCCCUGCGGUGCUCCAGUUCUCUGGUUUCCUUUUUCUGCCAGAGAGUCCCCGUUGGCUCCUUCAGAAGGGCCUUACCCAGCAGGCCAGGCAGGUGCUCAGCAGGAUCCGUGGGGGUCAGAACAUUGAAAAGGAGUAUGACAGCAUGAGGACCAACAUCGAGGAUGAGGAGAAGGAUGCAGGUGGCCUAGUAUUGUGGCGUAUGCUGACUCGCCCUCCCACACGCAGAGCCCUGACCGUAGGCUGCGGCCUGCAGAUGUUCCAACAGCUCUCUGGGAUCAACACUGUCAUGUACUACAGCGCCACCAUCCUACAGAUGGCGGGGGUGAGGGACGACAAGCAGGCCAUCUGGUUGGCUUCCGCCACCGCCGCCACCAACUUCCUGUUCACCCUGGUGGGGGUGUGGCUUGUGGAAAGAGUCGGACGCAGGAAGCUUACGCUGGGAAGCUUAAUAGGUACUGCUUUGAGUCUGACGGUCUUGGCUAUAGGGUUCCUGUUAUCAGCCCAGCACUCCCCUGCAGUCACUCUCCACCCCACUGACACCUCUCUCAACUCCACCUCCUGCACACUAUAUGGAUCCUGUGAGCCCUGCAUGUUGGAUCCUGGCUGUGGGUUCUGUUACCGUGAGAACGGUUCCACUGUAUACGACUCUUCCUGCAUACCUGUCAACCAAACAUCGACCGAUGAAGCCGCCUGGGGCAGGUGUUCCAAUCUGAGCCAGGUCAGUGAUGGGUCUCUCUGGGCCUAUAACUACUGCCCCACUUCCUACUCCUGGAUAGUGCUGCUUGGGCUCAUCCUCUACCUGGCUUUCUUUGCUCCAGGUAUGGGGCCCAUGCCGUGGACAGUGAACAGUGAGAUUUACCCUCUGUGGGCCAGGAGCACUGGGAACGCCUGUUCAGCCGGAGUCAACUGGAUCUGUAACGUCCUGGUGUCACUCACCUUCCUCCACGUCGCUGAGUACCUCACCUACUAUGGUGCGUUCUUCCUCUACUCAGGCCUGACUGUGCUGGGGCUGCUGUUUGUGCUGGGCUGUCUGCCAGAGACCCAGGGCCGCAGGCUGGAGGAGAUGGAGGCCCUGUUCUCCGGAAACCUCUGCUCCUGCAGUGCGUCUGACGGGGAUGGGGACAGAUCCAGAAACAUCCUGUACAACAGGGUAAAAGGGAGCGAUAUCCUCUCAGACAAUGAUGCCUCGGACAUGGAGUAGACGUGGCACGUCAAGGAACCUCUCUCUCUCUCACACCUUCAUGUCCUUUGGUUGGUGGACUUACAGGCAGUGGUGUUAAACUCACUUGAUGACUGGGCCUUUAGCAUAUAGCAGCUCUCCUAACUGGCUGGUGGACGAGACUUCAACUCUCCUAACUGGCUGGUGGACGAGACUUCAACUCUCAUAACUGGCUGGUGGACGAGACUUCAACUAUCCUAACAACAUAGCAUUUGAUUUACUGUAGCUGUGGAUGUCUAUGGUGGAGUUGAAAUACUUAAUUUCGUGUAUUGGUAACUAAAAUUGAUGUUUUGUAAUUUUCUAGCCCCAUAGAGAGUUCAGCCAAGUGCACUAUGGAGUUAAAGCGUAGCAUAUAUAUAUAUAUAUAUAUAUAUAUAUAUAUAUAUAUAUAUAUAUAUAUAUAUAUAUAUAUCAGUGAGUAUAUCAAAGCAGUAAACACCACUGGAAUAUAAUAUUACUAUUAUAAUAGUAUAGUAGUGUAUUCAUUUCCAAUGCUUAUAAAGUCCCACAAAUGUGUAGUAAUAUUGCAUUUGUUUCUGUCCUUGGAUUUUGUCAUUUCUUUAGCUCCAGUAGUAGUAAGGUGGUGCUAUCUGGAGAUGUGUGGCUUCUCAGCCAGGACCAAUGUUUUUUAAUUUUUUAUUGGCACACUAGCCUUAAUUUGUUUGAAUAUUUUGAUGGCAUUACAAUAUUUAUUAAUCCUUUGCUACAGAUUGCACAUUGAUAAACCUAAUGAAAUUAACCUUUCCUUUCAGAAGUUUUGGGCUUCUUUUUUUGCCUUGCAUUCAAAUCAAUCAAAAGCGCACAUGAUUAAAUGCAGUCCUGUGGUGUUCCACGUGCUUAUUUUGGUGGAUUAUCAUGUCUGCUUGUUUUGGUGGA